GCGUGGCUUAUCAAAGUGAAAGUAACUUGCUGUAAUUUUUGUUCAUUUUCGCGUUUUGAUUCCUUUUAAUCUAAAACAAACUUUAAACGAUUGUGAACGAAUUUUUUUCUUUAGAUUGCCAGAAGGAACAGAAUCCACUUACAUUUGAUAAUGCCUGGGAAAAAAGUAGUGAAAUACUUUGAAGUCAUUCCUGAAAAUGUACAAGCACCUUGUAAAGAGUUUACAGGAGAACUUAAAAAAAUAAGAAAAUCUAUGGAGAAGUCUACAGAGGAGAAGUGUAAAGCGAUUCUGUUUUAUGUCCCCAUUGUUUCCCGAGCUGGGACUGAUAUUGAAGCUGCACUGCAAAAAGUCGACAAGUUUAAGGGCAAAAAUGUCGCACUAGUGGUGCUCCAUCACACAUAUGACCCAGAGAGCAUUGUACUAGACAGCAGCAGAGCUGUGAACAGAGAAAAAACUAUCACUGUUGACUGUCUGUUCCAUGAGGAUAAGGGACUGCUCCAGUGCCACAAGAAUGUUGAAGCUGUAAAGAAGGUUGCAGACUGGCUCUAUGAUGUGAAACACAAAAAACAGGAGCAGUCUGAGAAAAAAGAGAAAAAAACAAAGGAAAAAGAAAAUAUGGAAGAAGGGCAGAGAAGACAGAUAUGAAAAUAAAGAAGGAACAACUGGAGAGAAGAAAAAGGUUAUUUAAGGGAAGGGUGGCUCCUACAUCAGAAUAAGUUCAUGCUGCAUAGAAUAUAGAAUUAAUAAAGGUAUAAUAUACAUUCUGAUUCAUGCUCUCUUUACUUUGGACACAUUGGCAUGUGAUGAUUCUCAUGUGAUUUAUGUCUUUUGUUAAUAUGGAGAGAGUAUUUCAUAAUUAGGCCGAACUCUUUUUUAUGACCUACUGAAUUUCAACAGUCUUGGCACUUUUCUAAUGGAUGCCACUUUUAAAUUUUGUCCUUUAUCUGUUUCUAUAUUGAUGCAUGAAACAACCCAACCGUUGAACCUUGCUUAAUUUAAAAAAAUAUUUUAACAGUAUAUAGAGUAUUACUUAAAUGGCUGUGUUUUAUUGGUGUUUAUACCUUUGUGCUGUUGAUUCCUGAAGCUGUUUGGUCAAAAAGUUUAUUUUCUAUAACAAUCUACAUUUCAUUUUGGGUUAACUUCAUGAGAGAGAGACAGAAAAGAGAGGCUGGUAAGGGAACAACAAUGUCUAUAGAUGAUGUAAUUUAAGUGAUAAGAGGAACUUGUUUCUCAGAUGUUCUACAAUAUUAAUGUAACAAAAAUGGAUAAAAGUACAAUGUUUUAUUCUUUAAUCAAUAUUCAAAUUGCUGUGGUAUACCAGGAAAUUAUAAUUGGGUGGUAAUAUACUGCGUACACGACCAAGUUUUUAUUUUUUUUAUUUUUAUUAUAACAGCAUUGCACAAAUGUUUUAUUGCUUAGGUAUCCAAUCAGUAAGCACUGAGAGUUUAUUCAGUGACCUUGAUAAGUGUAUGAUAAAAUCCCAUGUGUAGAAACACAUACAUGCAAAUAUGUAAAAAAUGUAAGUGUUUUAAUGAGUAGUUAGAUGUAGAAAGUUAAAUCUGUAACUCUAAUCGGUACUGAAUAAAUAUUAAUAAAUGAAUACUAAUAGAAUAAA